AUGACUGAAAAAUAUGAUGUUCCAUUAUUACGAGGUUAUUUAACUCGACAAGAAACAAGCGGAACAAAGGGGUGGAAUAAGAGGUGGUUUCAAAACAGUUAUGAACACCCUUUGAUACUCGAGUGCUACCAAAGCGAGAAGUCUACAAAACCACUAUUGGUAAUUGACUUUAAAGACGUCUCUGACUUGAAAACGCUCAGAACAAAAGCGGACGACUCGGACAAAAAAAGAUAUGGCUUUCAGUUCAAAUACGGAAAACACUCGCAGAAGCUGUUAACAGAUGGCGAGGAUGAAGGCGAGUACUGGAGAGAAGGGUUUUCAUCCCUUCUCAAAGUGGCGAGCGGUAAAGCUUUGGAACACAAAGUUGAGAAACCAAAAGAGGAUGUUGACCCCCAAGGGCUCUAUCCGGGCGAAUACUUUGCCACCACUUUAGUCGACUUUUGUUCUUCAGAGUCCGGGAUAAUGAGCUUUAAAAAGGGGGAGGCUGUUAUUGUUGUUGGACAACCCGAGAACGGUUGGGUUCCAAUUGAAUUUGGUGGGAAGCGUGGGUGGGCGCCGGCGGAGUUUAUCACAAAAGUGGCGCCAAACAACGUGAGAAACUGA